UAGUGGACAAAGUGGCGCAAGCUUUUCUUUUGCCAGUUCCUCCCGACAUUAUUCUGGACAACUGUUGAAUUCACCAUGUCCAAUGACGCAGCUGGUGCAAAAUUGUGUUCUGUAGAUUUUGAGAUUUUUGGCCAUGUCCAAGGGGUCUGUUUCAGAAUGUACACAGAAAAGGAGGGUCUGAGACUGGGUCUGUGUGGCUGGGUAAAGAACACCAACAAGGGCACUGUGGUCGGCCAGGUUCAGGGGCCUGCAGACAUGAUCUGUGAGAUGAAGGUGUGGCUGUGUAAGGAGGGGAGUCCCAGCUGUUCCAUCACCCGAGCCUCGUUCUCCAAUGAGAGAUCCAUUGACAAGGUGGAGCUCUUUGGCUUCAAGACACGCUUCUGAGGAACUCCCUUCAUCCAACGCCACUCUAACCACACCCUCUCCAGUGCAUUUACCACAUCAAUGUCACCUACGGUCUCUGUGGGUACCACCUUAUGUUUCUAAAUGCAUUGUUUCGUUCCCAACCUUUCUGAAAAAUACAUGAAAAAAUGUCAAGAUUUUUUGAGAUGCCUAAAUCGAUUAUGCAGACAGUUUGAAAUUGUGUGACAUUUUUUUAAAAGUAGAAGCUAAUCCAAAUAGUUGCUCAUCCAAAAGUUGUUGUCUUUUUCUCAUAAAUGCAUUCCCCGUCUGAACAUUUUGAAUGUUACAUUCAGGCUGGCAGAGCAGCAUAUAUUGUCAGGCAGCUCUGUGCUUUGCAGAUUCUCAAUGCUUUUCUUCUGAACAUGUAAUGCAAUAAAACCAUUCAAGCUCGAUGUUAUUAGAAUUCAAUACAAAUGCACUAUUAAAUAGUUAAUAUCCCUUUAAGAUACA